AUGCCGCUGUUCUCGAAGAAGCCAGGUUUACCCCUUCCCGAAGACCUUAAACCAGCAUAUAACACUUUCGAAAUCCCCGUAGCCGAACUCCGCUGGGGACAAAACGGCCUCGCAUGGAGACUCCGGCGCUGCAUCACCAUGGAGACACACUUUUACGACAUCCGCAGCCGUAACCCUGGUGAGCCAUGGCUCAACGGGUUCCUCGAAUGCUGGGAGGCGUUUGAAAAGCUCAAGGAGGAGGAGUACUCUGUCAACGGCGACGACCACCCCGACGAAGCCAUUGAGCGCAUACACUUGAACAUGCACGUCCCGAUCUAUGAACGCCUGAUUUCCCUCCUAGACCGUCUCUCCAACGAAAUUGGCGUCUGGAAGUUUGGCGGUGAAGCGGAGUGGGCGGCCCAGAAAAAGGCUGAGGAUAACGAGAAGUGGUUGCAGGAUAUGAAGCAGAGGGUCCAGGAGAAGAAGGCUAUGCAGUUGUUGAGUGAUAUGGCGGAGAAUCUGGAAGAGGGCGAUGACCGGGACGACGAAGAGGAAGAAAUGCAGGCCAUGAAAACUGCGGUGCAAGAGUGGAAUUUGUUUGAUUAA